AUGUCUGAGGCUGACUUCCAGAGACUUGAGCUGUUUUACCAGAUCCUGCGCAGAUGUCACAAGGACCCAUCCUGCAACCAUUCAAACCUGACCUUCCAUAACACCAGCAUGGUAUACGAUCUGGACUUCCCUGGCGAUGGCUCCCCCUGGCUGCGCUCCAUCAUCUCCGUGGUGUACUGUGCCGUGGCCACAGGCGGACUGCUGGGCAAUCUCCUGGUGCUGUACCUUCUCUGCUCCACCCGGACCAUCGUCAAGAGUACCAUCAACUUCUUUGUGUUCAACCUGGCCCUGGCUGACUUGCUACUUGCCCUGGCACUGCCGUUCUGGGCGGUAGACAUCGCCCUGGACUACAGCUGGCCUUUUGGUUUGGCCAUGUGCAAGGCUGUGUCCCUCCUGACGGGCCUCAACGUCUACGCCAGUUGCUUCUUCCUGAUGGCCAUGAGCUUGACCCGCUACUGUUCGGUGGCCACUGCGCUCAAGCCCGCUGCACCACUCGGUCACAAGCUUUGUGAUUCCCGGGUGACUACCGCACUUAUAUGGGCCGGGGCACUGGUGGCUGCUGCACCACGUGCCGUGUUCGCCGAUCUCAACAGAGUAGGCAUGACCAAUGACACUGCAUGCCUGCUCCGCUUCCCUGAAGGUACGAAUUGGCUGGCUGUCAACCACCUCCUGAGGCUUCUGUUUGGCUUCCUGUUGCCCUACUUCAUCAUGAUCCUCUCCUACCUGCUCCUGCUACGCUUCCUCUGCCGGCACAAGCCAAACUGGGUCAACCCACUACGACAGCCACAUGUCUCCAAGUCCGUGGCGAUUGUGGUGCUGUCCUUCUGCACCUGCUGGUUCCCAUAUAAUGUGCUAACUCUCUGGAGCGCGCUGAUCCAACUUGAUCUAACAGAAAUCAGUCCCUCCUACUACUUUGUCCAGACCUACCUCUUCCCCCUGGCCAACUGUCUGGCCUUCACCAGUAGCUGCCUCAACCCUGUCAUCUACUGCCUCAUUCGCAGGGAGUACCGCAAGGCCUUGCGCAGCCUGGUCUUGAAGUCAAGUCUAGCAAUCGCUUCCAAGGCCUGCCUCUCGGCAGUCAACUCCAAUGAGGGCCAGAACUGCGAUGGGCAGCUGGGAAUCCCGCUCAACAACAUGGAGAGCCACACGGCCCAGUCUUACACCAAGAGGUCAGCACUGCCCUCUACCACUCUAUCGCUGGCUCCCAGUCCCAAGAGCCUCUGUCCUCUCAAUGACCUCACCUGA